CGCACGACGAAGUGACUUCCCGGUAGCGGCAGCGCGCACGACGUAGUGACGCUCCGGCAGCGCAGGCAGGCGACUAUUGAGGUGGCGGCCAUGAGCGAAAAAGGGGAGCUGGACUUGACCGGAGUGAAGCUCAACACUGGCGUCUGGCUGGUGAAGGUUCCUAAAUAUCUUUCACAACAAUGGACAAAAGCAACAGGAAGAGGUGAAGUUGGAAAGAUAAAGAUAGCCAAAAAUCAAGGGAAAACUGAGGUUUCUUUCACUUUAAGUGAAGAGCUUGCAUAUAUCCAAAAUGCCAGUGGGAAAGGUGCACCAAUUAGUGCACCCAGAGAGCAUCCAUUCUCAAUGCAGAGCGUUGGAGGACAGACGCUGUCAGUUUUUACAGAAGGACCAUCAGGACAGUCAGAAGAGAAACCUGAUGGCAGCAAUGAAAAACUAACAUUUGAAGGUGUUGUGGUUCAGCGUGCAGAAUGUAGACCAGCUGUCAAUGAAUCUUACAUGAGAUUAAAAAGACAGCAGAUUGAAGAAUCAUCCAAACCAUUCCGCCUUUCCCUACAAUUGGAAAAGGCUGUAACAACAAAUUAUAAGCCUGUUGCAAACCAUCAAUACAAUAUUGAAUAUGAGAGGAAGAAGAAGGAAGAUGGGAAGCGUGCCCGAGCUGACAGGCAGCAAGUGCUGGAUAUGCUGUUUUCAGCAUUUGAGAAGCAUCAGUACUACAACAUUAAGGAUCUGGUGGACAUCACAAAGCAGCCCGUUUACUUUUGGUGCUGUGCAACCUUUGGCUUGUUAGGUUGCACUGAUAUGCUGCACAAGUCCAGGUUCCAUAACAUGAGAGAGCCAAGAUGGAUGCGUGUGGCCAGUCAAGGGAAAGCUGGUGAUCAGAUAUCUAGCGGUAUUGGAGACAUACCUAAAGGAGAUUUUGAGAGAGAUUGGCAUCUACAAUGUAAAAGGGACUCACAAGAACACAUGGGAACUAAAGCCGGAGUAUCGGCAUUACCAGAAUGAAGACAAAAGUGAAUAGGGUCAUUUGAUAACUAAGAAAAAUAAGCAAACCAGCAAAACGUUUCAACAUGCAGUCAGCAUCAGUCAUUAAAACCUGAGCAAUGAGAUUUAUAUCUAUUCAUAGCCUAAAAAAAUGUAUGUGGCUCUAAAUUUUUCAGCUGAUGGGGAAAGGAUUGAUAAGUUAUGUUUUUAUAUGAAUCAAGAAAAUGCUUUGUAUCUUUAAGUGUUUUGAUGUAGAAAGUUAAUUAAUGAGGGGCUACAUUUGUAUUGUCAAUAAAGUAUUAUGUUGAAACAAUGUAGGUGAUCCUAUCUGAUGUCAUGAAUUACUAGCCUUUCAUCUACUUUUCAUGAUAUAAUAAACAUUACAGUAAGUACAGUA